AUGAAAAAUGGAGGAAACACAAACACGAAGCUCAUAUUUCUUCAUCCAUACAUUCAAAAACAAACAAGCACAAAUCGUUUAUGGCUUCUCGGUUUUGUCUCUUUCUUCACAAUCGCAUUUCUCUUAACUCUACUCUACACCACCGACUCAAUCAUCACCUCCAAAAACACCACCGUCGUCUCCUCCGUCGUCAACUCAGCCGUCUCCACAACUCCGAUCACUCAAUUACCAACAACCACAAUCAAUGCUCUGCUUCACUACGCUUCAAGAUCCAACGACAGUUUCCACAUGUCAUACGGAGAAAUGAAAUCAAUCUCCGACGUACUCCGCCGCUGCUCUCCGCCGUGUAAUCUCCUCGUUUUCGGUUUAACACACGAAACCCUUCUCUGGAAAUCGCUAAACCACAACGGUCGAACCGUAUUCAUCGAAGAGAAUCGAUACUACGCAGCUUACUUCGAAGAAAUCCACCCAGAGAUCGAAGUUUUCGAUGUUCAGUACACGACAAAAGCACGUGAGGCACGUGAGCUUAUAUCGUCGGUGAAAGAAUCGGCGAGGAACGAGUGUAGACCGGUGCAGAAUCUUCUCUUCUCCGAUUGUAAAUUAGGACUCAACGAUUUGCCGAAUCAUGUCUACGAUGUUGAUUGGGAUGUGAUCUUAGUCGAUGGGCCACGUGGCGACGGUGGAAAUGUACCGGGAAGGAUGUCGUCGAUUUUUACGGCGGCGGUUCUUUCCCGGAGUAAAAAGUCCGGUAAGAAUCCGAAGACGCAUGUGUUCGUGCAUGAUUAUUACAGAGAGGUGGAGAGGCUUUGCGGCGACGAGUUUCUUUGCCGGGAAAAUCUUGUGGAAUCUAAUGAUAUGCUUGCGCACUACGUGUUGGAGAAGAUGGAUAAAAACAGCACGCAGUUUUGUCAUGGUCGUAAGAAACGCUCUGUUUCUCCGUCGUCUUGA